AUGCUCGAGGUCGAUGCCCUCUUCUCCACCCUCGACCAGUUCAAGUUGUUGGAAGAGCAGCAGGCCACCGUCGACGAGGCCCAAUCGCCGGAGGCCAUCAUCGCUCACGACCACCACGGCUUCGGCCACCACGACUACCACCAGGCGGCGGUGCAGGUGGUGGGCCAGCCCUUCACGCCGGCGGCGGCGAUGAGCGCCAUCGUUGGAAUGGACUUGGACGAAGUGGCCCACCACCUCUUGGAGGCCGGGGAAGAUGAAGUGGUGGUGGCAGUGACGGAACCCAUCGCCGACGUGGACCACCUCAUCAGGCUCCUGUCUGGCCCCUUGGCCCCGCUGCCACCGCAGCCUCCCACUGAGGUCUUCUACAACGAAGUAGCAGAAGUGGAGGAAGUGGUGGAAGAAGGCCACGACGAUGCGAACGACGACGUGCAAGCCAACGAGAGGCAUCACGUACUCGACCCGAAGAAGGAGGUGAUGGUCUCCUUCUACGCCGUGCUGGCCUACAACAGCAGCAGCAAGAAGAAGGAGAAGAUGAAGAAGUGGGCAGAAGAGGAGGAGCGCGCGCUGGCCUGGGUCGCUUUCUACACGGCCUGCGCCGACUACGCUCUCGAGCUCGACCAGUACCGCCUCCAGCUGCUCGAGCUCGACCAGCCCGACCAGCCCGACUUUUUGGCCCAACGCUGCGUGGCCUGCGAGAUGGUCGUCAGCCAGGUCGACGCCUGGGUCGCGGCCGGGCGCCACCCGCGCACGCACCAGCGCCUGUGGCAGGUCAAGCUGCCGUUCGUGGUCGAGGCCCCGGCCGGUCGCAAGCCGCGUCGGCUGGGCAUGUACGAAGCGGUGCUGGUCCACCGAUCGACGGGCAUGGCCGUGCGGCUGGGCGGCGCGUCGGUCGGGUCCAGCUCGAACCUGCUGCGCGGCUUCGGACCCAAGGUCGAGGCGCGCUUCACGGGCGUGGCCCAGCGGCGGCUGGUGCGCAACUUCCGCGAGCGGAGCAAGGCCAAGAACUCGCGCAGGGCCAGACACUACCGCAGCGGAAAGGGGUCGGCGUCGGCGCAGACCACCCACAAGCCCGCCCGCUUCCUUACCGACGAGCUGGCCAGAGCCGUCACCCUCCCGGUCCACUCCACGCACCAAUGA